AAUUUUCACAGCAACAACAAUUGGCCCAUUAAAAGCCCCAGCCCCAAAAAAUCUUUGCCAACUUUUUUGUUCGUUCAUUAAAAACUUCAAUAUAAAAUCGCUCAGAGAUUACAAUUAUGUCCGGUGGUGGACAAGACUCCACUAGCAGUAGUAGCACUAAUGGCAGUGCAACUAAUGGGGUAUCAUCAUCAGCGGUAGCCACAACUCCCACAUCAACGGGACAAUCCAGUCUUAAUCAAAGAUCUCGUGGUCGACCGGCGAAACGGGCUACAUGUACAUGGUGUGGCGAAAGUAAACAACCAUUGCAAUAUGUUCUACCAACCCAAAAUGGUAAAAAGGAAUUCUGUUCGGAAACAUGUAUAGCGGAAUUUCGAAAGGCCUAUAGUAAGGGUGCCUGUUCGCAGUGUGACAACGUAAUACGCGAGGGAGCACCCAAUAAGGAAUUUUGUUCGCUGAUGUGCAUGAAUAAACACCAGAAGAAAAACGGUCCAACAAGAUCAUUGAGUAACGGUUCGCGCGGUGAUACACCGGGAGGCAAAUCGAUGGGUGGCGGUGGUUCUUGUACACCCACAGGACCCUUUCAGUACGAAAGUUUUCACGUAUUCGAUUGGGAUGCAUAUUUGAAGGAAACUGGCUCUGAGGCAGCACCUCCCGAAUGUUUUAAACAAGCGCUAAAUCCACCAGUUAAUGACUUUAAAAUUGGCAUGAAAUUAGAAGCUUUAGAUCCACGUAAUGUUACCUCAACCUGUAUAGCAACUGUUGUUGGUGUUCUCGGAUCACGUUUACGUUUACGCCUUGAUGGCAGCGACAGUCAAAAUGAUUUUUGGCGUUUGGUCGACUCGAACGAGAUUCAUGCCAUUGGCCAUUGUGAAAAGAACUUCGGCAUGUUGCAACCACCACUUGGGUUUCGCAUGAAUGCCUCCAGCUGGCCCGGCUAUCUAUGUAAAAUAUUGAAUAAUGCCAUGGUAGCACCGGAAGAGAUUUUCCAGCCAGAGCCAGCUGAUCCACCAGAAAAUCUCUUCCGUGUGGGCCAAAAGCUCGAGGCGGUCGACAAAAAGAAUCCACAAUUGAUUUGCUGUGCAACAGUUGAUGCGAUUAAAGACGACCAGAUCCAUGUGACAUUCGAUGGGUGGCGUGGAGCAUUCGACUAUUGGUGCAGCUACAAAUCUCGUGAUAUAUUUCCAGUUGGUUGGUGCGCCCGUAGUUGUCAUCCAAUGCAACCGCCGGGUCAUAAAUCACGCAUGGAUUCUAGUUCGAGUAAACAUCGCAGUCCACGCCAACGUUACACAGUUAUACAGGAAACGGAUUCAAUGGCUCCGGCCACACCGGUUACAGCACAUUUCCAUACCAAUUGUAAGGGUGGACCGUUUAUUAAUAGUGCAAAGCUACCGUCGAUGGUAACGGGGCCAACACAUCAAACUCUGGCAAAGUUAUGUCUUCAGGAGGUAUUGGCAGCCAGUACCGAUACACAACAAUUAUCCAAGCUAUUGUUUGCCUUGGAAGGUGAUGUUCAUAUUGUUACGGCCGCUGGAAAGAAUUUUACGGUAAAAAUUCCAUCACCUCUACGUAUGAGAGAUGACGAUAGUUUGGCACAAUUCAUUGAAACUCUAUGUACAACAUGCAGGGCAUGUCCAAAUCUAAUAUCACUAUCGCCAGAUACUGAGGAUUGUGAGAAAUGUUCGAAUUCCAAGAAACGUCCCUUGUCACAAACAUCGAAUGCCACAGGAACAGGAUCAGAUAGUUCGACACCAGUAAUUCCAGAGAAACGUAGUAAAACUCCCAGUAGCAGCGACAAGAUUACCAUUAAACAAGAAGUAGCCACGUCCACAACAACAGCUGCAAAUUCAUCGGUGGACAGUAGUGGCAAUCAUAAUAAUACAGGAAACAAGCAACGCAAAGGAGCCAUCCAAUAUAGUAGUGGCAAAAAUAGCGCUAGUAGUGGCAAUCGUAACUCCCUCGGCGGCAAUAGUGGCAAUAUCAGCAAUCAUAAUGAGACGACAACUACAAAUAGCAGUGUUGGUGUCCUACCAAAUAAUGCCCAUAUUAAGAUAGAACCGACAGUACCAGUGGCUGCAACGGCAGCAAGCACAAAUGGGGUUCAGCAAAAUGCAACACAAGCCCAAGCUUUGAGGCAAAUACGAAUACAUCAUCAUUCAAAUAGCACUAGCGCGACAGCAGCAUCAUCUUCCUCCACAUCAUCGCCAUCGUUGUCGUCAACAACAUCAUCCAGUGUAACACAUCGGGAGGAACAUAAAACACAACAGCAAACAACACAUCAACAUUCCCUAAACAAUUCGAAUUUCAAGUAUUUAGCACCGAUGGUAGCUGAAGUACAUCCCGAACAAUCAAAUUUAAUUGCUGCUGCCACGGCCACAGCUUCAACAACCUAUAAAUCUCCUUCCACACUAUCAUCUAGUGCUUCGUUACCUACAUCCGUAUCUACACCAUUCUGCGCCUCACAAUCCACAUCAUCAACGGUUGCAUCGGCGACCGCUGUCAUACCCUCAACAUGUGCAUAUGGUGGUACUGUCACUGUUCCAGUACACCAUAAUCCACACAAUACAAAUGGUACAAUGGGUGCUGCAUUACCUCCGUUACGUGCCCAACCGGGUGAUUGGUCAAUUGAAGAAGUUAUACAGUUUAUCGAGAGCAAUGAUAGUUCAUUGGCUGUUCACGGUGAUCUCUUCAGGAAACAUGAAAUUGAUGGCAAAGCCUUGUUAUUGUUAACCUCAGAAAUGAUGAUGAAAUAUAUGGGUCUCAAAUUAGGACCAGCCUUAAAAAUUUGCAAUUUAGUUAAUAAAGUGAAUGGUCGUCGCAACAUGUCCCUGUAAAUAAAA